AUGAUUCAAGAAUUACUAAGAAAAAUCUUUGUUAUUCUCAGAUACAAUUGUGAGGUAUCUGAUGGCUUUUACCAUGAAGAAUCCUCAGAUUCGGAUUACAUUCCCAAUAACAUGGACUGUACUCCCAACCGUAAACGGGUGCAGAGUGAUAGCCAGAGCAAUGACGAAGAAUCUACAAGUACUAGCCAAGCAAGUAGACAAGGUGAUUGUGGUAGAGGAAGGCAUAGCGAUAGAGGUCAUGGUAGAGGAAGGGCUCGUGGAAGUCGCGGUGUAGGCGGGUAAAGGGGACGUAGCAGAGUGAAUGUGGUUCGCGGGGGGACGGUGAAGGAGUAGUGGGGCUGGUCAGGUAGUCCAGGGAAGUGGUCAAGUUGCAUGUUCAAAAAAGUCUUAUAAUGAUCGAGACUCUGGACCUUUCCAACCUGCUGGACUUCCAGGUUUGCAUCUUGACAUGAGAGAAACGCAAGGUGCUAUGACAAAAGCUGUGGAUUUCUUUCAACUAUUUUUCACCAUAGAAUUGUUGGACGAAAUAUGCAACCACAGUAAUACAUAUGGUUCGAUGAAUGUGGGUAAUAAACCGAUGUAUGGUAAUUCUGACGGUACGUGGGAAGAAAUGUCUCCUGACAAAUUGAAAAGGCUCAUUUGUUUGAUCAUCUAUUUUGGUAUAACAAACAGUGGCGUAGCUGGCUGAAAAAAAUCGUCCCGCCAAAGGCGGACCCCUCGCACCACAGGUGCGACCUUCCUAGAGGGGUUGGGGGCAUGCCCUCCCGAGAAAAUUUGGAAUCUAGAACCUCGGAAAUGGCAUUUCCUGCGAUUUCGAGGGUGGAAGGAUGCCACUAAGCAAAGUUUCUAUACACCUCUAACACGAGUAUUUUCCCUUCGUAAAAUACAAAAAAUGCCAUAUGGCCGAGAGAAGAUCUGUGUGAGCUCAGAGAAGUGCUGUGCUAGGCAAAAAAUAUUGCCCUCUUCACUGAGUCUGCAGCACGACGAAUAAUUAAUCACUGCAUUUCGUAUAAUGUCUCAAGCACCGCGUAUGAUGUUGAAACCACAGCAAGUAGUUGCAGCAAUGCGAUAAUGAUAAAACCACUGCGUACAAUGCUGAAGGUACUGCGUAUAACGUUAUACCGACCGCGUAUAAUGUCUCAAGCACCGCAUAUAAUGCUAAAAGCACCUCGUAAAGGCUCGUAACGUUAUACCGACCGCGUAUAACGUCUCAAGCACCGCGUAUAAAUGUCUCAAGCACCGCGUAUAUGCUAAAAGCACCUCGUAAAGGCUCGUAUGUCUCAAGCACCGCGUAUAUUAUUAAAUAAAUGUCUCAAGCACCGCGUAUAAUGUUAAAGUCACCUCGUACAAUGUUGCGUGUAGCCCAUAUAUGUCAAAAUCAUAACGAUAAAAGCACCACAUUUAUAAUGCUAAAAGCAACGAAUGAAAUGAAAUUCCGCUGUGGCUUUCCAUAAAAUUCGUCACGCUCGUUGAAGCUAUUGUAUACAAAUCACAAAAGCAAUAUCAAAUAUGAUAUGAAUAGUAAUAUGAUGACCUACCACCGUCUCAGUCGUGAAUACUCGCGCAGAAAGCUUCGUCAGCAUGAAUAUUAACAACCUCCGCCUUCAUAAAAUAGCGGGACUUCGACAUUAAAAACAACCGUUCUGGGCAUGCGCUGCGCCAAUUAUCCAACCAGAAACCAGAAUUUCUUGUAUAAGAUAGUAUUGCAUAUCCCGCCACAUGAAAAUCAGCGGAACACGAGAUUCACGAAUAGCGUGAGUAAGCAAUAAAUUGCGUGGAAAUUAGCUAAUUCUGCAGGGUAUGUCAGUUACUAGACAACAAAGAGGUCAAAGAGCAGACAGCAAUAUUGCGUAAACUUUAAAUAAAUGACAAAUGAAAGCACUGAAAAUGACCAUAAUUAGUAUUUAAAUUUUCAGAAUAAGCAAAGCUGUGAUUUUGGCUUCACUAUAAAACAUUUAAUUACACAUUUUUUUGGAAAUUGUUAGUCCCGGCCGGCGGGACAGCGGGACCGCUAGCUACGCCACUGAUAACAAAUGUAAUACAUAUGGUUGGCUGAAUGUGGGUAAUAAAUCGAUGUAUGGUAAUUCUGAAGGUGCGUGGGAAGAAAUGUCUCUUGACGAAUUGAAAAGGCUCAUUUGUUUGAUAAUUUAUUUUGGUCUAACAAAUGUUGGGACAUUUGAGCGUUACUGGAGUACAAAGACAUUGUACUAUGGGAUUUGGGCAUGAAAGUUCAUGUCAAAGAAUCAGUUAGAAGCUCUCAUGGCAAUGUUACAUGUUGUCGAUCUCAGUUCAGAAGAGCAGGGUGAUAAACUGUGCAAAGUCAGAGGAUUGUUAGAUGCAUUCACUUCAAAGUGCUGAGAUUUGUAUCAGCCUUUUCAGAAUGUCAGUGUGGAUGAAAGAAUGGUGAAAUCAAAGAACAGGUCAGGUAUCAGAUAAUAUAUAAAGAUGAAACCCACUGAGUGGGCGAUAGAACCUUGGCUCUUAGCUGACAGUUCAAUCCACCAACUAAAAAUGGUCUUUGCUAUGAUGUUGUAAUGCGACUUGUGUGACGAUUGCUAAACCAAGGGUAUUGUGUGUUCUUUGCCAAUUUCUACACUUCAGUCAAGUUGGUAAAAGAUUUAUUUCAGAACAGGACACCAUCAUGUGGAACUGUAGCUGAAAACAGAGUGGACUUUCCAAAGAACAUGAAGGGAAAAAAGAGUUCGGCAAAAAAGGCUAAGAGAGGUGAUAUGAGACAGGAAAAUAUGAUUAAACAAAGCAGUGUCUACUCUUUCCAGCAUAGAUUCGGCAAAUGAUUUCCCGAUGGUGAAAAGGAAAGUAAAGGUAAACAAUGUUUGGGACAAAGUUGAUAUCAAAUGUCCAAAAGCUAUUGAAACCUAUAACAAGUAUGUGAAUGCGGUUGAUUGUUGUGAUCAAAUAUGA